AUGUUAUGGAUGUUAGCUUUGGGAACUGCCUGGUCUUUGCAGAUUGUUUCAUCAGCUUCGUCUUCAUUCGAUGCGCUAGUUGUACAUAGACCACACGUGGACGUUGUUGCCGAACAGAAUGGAAACCUCACCCUUAAGUCUGGCUACAAUGGAGAUAUCAGACUCGUACCAGGGGCCAACGAAACCGGAAGUGUAUAUUUUGACGGAGAGGACCUUCUCCAUAUCAUUCAGCUUAUCGUAAGUCUGCCGCCGGUAUGGGAUGACCAUUCUCCUUUCGGCUAUGUAGGAGAAUUCCAUAGUGGUGAAAGGGUUAAUAUUCAACUGAAGGCAAAGGAUCCAGAAGGAACAGCGAUAACAUAUCAGCUUAUAGGUGGGGAACUACCACCCGGAAUCAGACUGGACCAAGUGAGGGGCAUCCUUAAGGGACUUGCCCCCAAUACAGAGGAACUCUUCACCUUCACCAUUAGAGCAUUUGAUGAACAUGGAAAACACGCUGACAACGUUUUUAAAAUGUUAAUUCGAGGGGCUAAUAAAUGUGACUCCAAUCCUUGUGUUCAUGAAGGACGUUGCGAGGAAGUAAACGGAAGUUACGUAUGUCGUUGCCCACAUCCUUACGGCGGAAGGACUUGCAAUUUGGAUUGUAGGAGUAACAGCCUUGGAGUCAGACAGAGUAAACGCUGGAUCCCUGAUGCCCAGAUGACGGCUUACAAAACGCAAAGUAGCGAAUACGCUUAUCAUGGCAGACAGGAUUAUGGCGGUUACUGGCGAGGCAAAGAUGGAACGUCCUGGCUACAGGUGGACUUAGGUAAUGUCACUCGUAUAUACGCGACGGUUAUGCAGUAUUAUGGAAGUCGCCAGUACACAAGUUCUUACAGCCUUCAGUAUAGCACUGACGGAAACAACUUUCAUAACUAUACUGUGGGAGGCCACCUAUCGACGUUUUCGGCUGGUGCCAGCACCUACACUCGACCCCUUCCAGAGCCUCUAGACGCCCGAUUUAUCCGUUUCAUUCCGCAUGGAUGGUAUUCCUCAUAUGGACCGUAUAUGAGAGUGGACAUUCUUGGUUGUCAUUAUUACACUCUUUAAUCAAUAAAAGACAAUCAAAAAAAUUGUUUCGUUAAUGAAAUGGACAUUGAUUUCCU